AUGGCAUCCCACGGCAUUGAGACCGCGUCGCCAGCGCCAGCUUCCAAUGAUGAAUACGAGCAUGGAUACAGCGAAAAGCAUAAUGCUGUGCGCGCUCUUGUUGAGGCGGACUUGCUCGACGACCGAUACGCCCAGACCAAGCGUGGUCUGCGCAAUCGCCAUGUGCAGAUGAUGGCGCUGGGUGGCACCAUCGGAACAGGCUUGUUCGUCGGGGCCGGCCAAUCUCUGGCCAUCGGCGGCCCAUUGUCACUUCUCCUUGGAUAUCUGUUCAUCUCCACGCUGGUUUACUGCCUGGUCACUGCGAUUGCGGAAAUCGGUGCCUACAUGCCCGUCCACGGUGGGACUAUGAGUUAUCACGGCUUCCGGUAUGUGUCGCGCAGUCUGGGCUUUGCCAUGGGCUAUCUGUACUGGUACUCGAUUGGUAUUCUGGUGCCGUAUGAGAUCACUGCUGCGUCGCUCGUCAUUGACUACUGGAAUCCUGGCGUGAAUGUGGCCGUGUGGAUCACCAUUAUGUUGGUUGUGAUUGUGCUCCUGAAUUACAUGCCCGUUAAGGUCUACGGUGAAUCGGAAUUCUGGUUCGCCAGCAUCAAAAUCUUGACGCUAGUCGGCUUGUUGAUCCUAAGCUUCAUUCUCUUCUGGGGCGGCGGCCCCAAUCGCGUGCGCCUGGGCUUCGGCUAUUGGAAGCAUCCCGGCGCAAUGAACACCUAUAUCGUAGAGGGCAACGCCGGCCGGUUUGUCGGCUUGCUACAGUGCAUGAUGUCGAGCGCCAUCGCCUUCAUCUUCGCACCCGAACUAAUUGUCAUUUCUGGCGGUGAAAUGGAGUCUCCGCGCCGCAACGUGCCGCGCGCUGCUCGUCGAUAUAUCUACCGACUAGUCUUCUUCUAUAUCCUCAGCGUCCUAGCCAUCGGCGUGAUCUGCCCAUCCGACAACUCGCGCCUCACCAACGGCGGAGCCGGCGCCGGAUCGUCCCCCUUUGUCGUCGGCAUUCAGAACGCCGGCAUCCCUGUCUUGGACAGCAUCGUCAACGCCGCUGUUCUAACCUCUGCGUGGUCCUCUGGAAACUCCUUCCUGUACAUGUCCUCGCGCUCUCUAUAUGGACUCGCCAUGUCCGGUAACGCGCCGAGCGUCUUCAAAACCUGCAACCGCUGGGGGGUGCCAUGGGUCGCUGUGAGUUGCUCCGCACUCUUCUCGGUCCUCGCCUACCUAUCCGUCGGCACAUCUAGCUCCGUCGUCUUCAACUGGUUCGUUAACUUCACCAACUCGUCCGGCUUCAUAUCCUGGAUCUGCUGCUGCAUCGUGUACUUCCGCUUCCGCAAGGCUGUCGACGUGCAGGGCGUUGAGCGGCCGUAUAAAUCAUGGCUGCAACCGUACGGCGCGUAUAUUGGCAUUGUGGGCUGUGUGUUUUUGACCCUGAUUAAUGGUUUCAGUGUGUUUUUCCCGUCAAAGUGGUCUGUUAGUAGCUUUUUCACGGCGUAUAUCGGUAUUCCUGCGUUUUUAGUAUUGUAUUUUGGGCAUCGUAUCGUCUUUUGGAGUGAUCCCUGGGCCUGGAAGCCGGAAGAUGUCGAUUUGCAGACGGGUUUGGAGGAGAUUAUUGCUGCGGAACGGCCGCCAGUCGUGCGGGAUACCUGGUGGAAGAAAUUGAUGGUUAUAAUUGACUAG